CAGAUGGAAAACUAUACGAACAAUAGUCUCACUCUUCAACUCGAGGGGUUAAGGAUCACCAAGACUAACAAGUACCCCAUCUUUUUAUCCCUGCUCCUGGUCUACGUGUUCAUCUUCAUUGCCAACGUGGGCAUUGUGCUCUUGAUAUGGAGCGACAGGAGCCUCUACCAGCCGAUGUAUCUCCUCUUCUGUAGUCUGUCGAUUAACGAUGUUGUAGGAAACUCUCUACUGGUUCCAAGGGUGCUCGCAGACAUCCUGGUACCUCCCUCUGAGCGCCUCAUUCACUACUAUGAGUGCGUGAUUCAAGCUUUCACUGUGCACAUGUAUGGCACCAACGCACACACGGUGCUCAUGACUAUGGCCUUUGACAGAUAUGUGGCCAUCUGCAAUCCUCUGCGCUACUCAACCAUAAUGAAUGACAAGAUGGUGAUCAAGCUGACAGCGUCUGCCUGGGGAGCGGCCUUUGUUCUGGUUGGAAUUCUGCUCGGUCUGACCGUGCGGCUGAACCGAUGCAGGUCUGUGAUCAUGAAUCCUUACUGUGAUAACCCCUCACUGUUUAAACUCUCCUGUGAGAGUGUGUUCAUCAAUAAUGUCUAUGGCCUCACUUUCACUGUGGUCCUGCUCUCAUCCUCUAUCGGCAGUAUAAUCCUCACAUAUUCUAAAAUCACAGCUGCCUGUCUGACAAGCAAGAGCAACUCUUUGAACCGUAAAGCCUUGAAGACCUGCAGCACUCACCUGUGCUUGUAUCUGAUUAUGUUAAUCAGUGGGUUUGUCCCGAUUGCCCUCCAUCGCUUCCCCCAGUAUGCAGAGUACAGGAAGAUUUCAGCUAUUCUCUUUAAAGUUGUUCCUGGCAGCCUCAACCCUGUUAUCUACGGGCUGCAGUCCCAAGAAAUAAAUAGGUGUUUGUCAAAUAUAUUCCAUCUUAGAAAAGUUAAGCCGAGAAUUUGA